UCGUUGUCGUCGUCGUCGGGUGUGUGUAAACGCGGUUUGCAUCCGUCGCCUUUUUCUGCACAAGAAAUUUUUCAGUAAUAUCUUACGCUCGCAAUUUUUUCAAUUUAAUUUUUUAUUAGCCGUGUGUUUCAUCAAUUAAAUGCAUAUAUAGUAGAGUGCUCAUAGAAAUUGGAAUAAAUGAAAUAAUUAAGGUACAGACGAAAAAGUGGUGUUUGAAGUAUAGAAGAUAAAAUAAAUUAGUGAAGGGCGAACAAGCACAAUCAGCUCAAAGCUGAAUUUACAUAAACAAAUAUACGUAUACAUAUUUUCAAUUUACUAAUUUUAAGCAAAAGUACAUAAGGAAAACACCAAAUUUUAUCAAUUAAAUUAAACAAAUCCACAUAAAAGCAAACAACGAAGGCUGACAAAAAAGGAAAUAUUAAAAAGAAAAAAAACGUAAAAUAACUACAAUUAUCUCAAGUAUAAGAAAAAUCUAGAAAAUUUCAUUACGAACUGCAGAUAAACAUUAAUUGAGAAAUUUUACAUCAAGCACAAAAUAAUUAAACAACAACAAUCGAAGCAGAUUAUAACAACUGUAUAAAUAAACCGCCAAAUAGUGGUAGUAGUAGCAGCAACAAAAACAAAAAAAAAAUCAACUUUAAUUCAUAACUGGAAAAAACAAACAAAACAGGAAAAAAAACAAAUAUGGAAGCAAUUGCCAAACACGACUUCUCAGCAACUGCCGAUGACGAAUUGAGUUUUCGCAAAAGCCAAAUUUUAAAGAUUUUAAAUAUGGAAGACGAUUCAAAUUGGUAUCGUGCCGAAUUAGACAGUAAAGAGGGGCUCAUACCCAGUAACUACAUAGAAAUGAAAAAUCAUGACUGGUACUAUGGACGCAUCACACGUGCCGAUGCUGAAAAAUUGCUCUCAAAUAAACAUGAAGGUGCAUUUUUAAUUCGCAUUAGUGAAUCCAGCCCUGGUGAUUUUUCAUUAUCAGUCAAAUGUCCCGAUGGUGUGCAACAUUUUAAAGUUUUGCGUGACGCACAGGGUAAAUUCUUCCUUUGGGUGGUUAAAUUCAAUUCGCUCAAUGAACUCGUGGAAUAUCAUCGAACCGCAAGCGUAUCAAGAUCACAAGAUGUUAAAUUAAGAGAUAUGAUCCACGAAGAGGUGAGUAGGAUGCUCGUUCAAGCAUUAUACGAUUUUGUGCCACAAGAAUCUGGUGAAUUGGACUUUAGACGCGGAGACGUCAUCACCGUCACAGAUCGAUCUGAUGAGAAUUGGUGGAAUGGUGAGAUUGGCAAUCGGAAAGGCAUCUUCCCAGCAACCUAUGUAACGCCAUACCAUUCAUAAUAGAAUAGAAAGUCGUAGAAUAAACAAAAAAAAAAAUAAAUAAUUAAAACAACAACAACACACUGCAUACAAAAACAAAUAAACGAAUAAAGAAAACAAUACUGGAAAAAAACGAACCACCAACAGCAACAAACACUUUCCACCAUCAUUUUCUCUCCACAAACCACACACACACAAACACCACACUGCUAUAACAACAAUCUCAACUGCAAACACUAUAACGGCAAUAGCAACAAUAUCAAGUGACACUGCAAUAAUUGUGGAAAUUUAGAGUAUUUAGUAUAUUUUAAUUUGCGCAAGCUACCAAUUGGGAUAUAUAUUAUACAUAUAUUUAUAUAAUUAGUCGUGUGAGAUAUCAAUCAGCCAAUCGAUUUAUAAUGCAUACUUAGGUGCAUAUGCGUAACAUCACAACUUCACAUAUUCAUUUUUUUAUACGAACAAACAAUUGAUUGUUUGUCGAUAAUUGAAAAUAUUACAGCAUGACACGCUGUGCAAAUUUUCAUUUGAGGUUAGAAAAGCUGCUGCAGUUGGAAAAAUGCCUAAAAUGUUGUGCGAAAAUUGAAAUUGUAAAACUAAAGGCAAAUUGGGGGUAAAUGCUUCAAUGCGACUUUAGCUGUGGUGAAUUUUUAGCAAAGUUUAGCUAGGGUAAACACAACAACUAAACCUGCACUGCGAAAUUGUGGCAAAGGCGGCGCAUAAGCGAAAUAAAGUUGACUUAAAAUGUAAUUACUUUAGUUGAAUUGUGCAAGCAAAGUCACAACAACGAUUUGAUGGAGAAUGAAAAUUUGUUUAUUUGUUACGCCAUAAAUUUCGUUCUUAAGUUGGCAACGCGAUCAGCGGAGUUCGGUAGAGCAAUGAUACAAAAAAGAAGGCAAUUACACUUAACGGCAUUAACAACCAUUUAACUUUUGCUGGUACUUUGACGUUGUCAUCGAAAUGUAGCUAAAAGUUGGAAAAUUGUGAUUAAUAUUUUUUUCAACUGCCUUUAAUGCAACUCAAAUUGAUAGAAAAUAAUAAGAAGGCAAAAAUGGCUUACGCAUUUACAAGUUGCAAAAAUACAAUAGACCAAUGCAAGAAAGUCGGUAUACAGUUUUUUUAAAUUCGAAAUACCAUAAUUAAUUUUUUACAGAUUCAAAAAUCCCUGCGUGUGUCAAAAAAUUUGAAGUACAGUAGAUUCUGUUUUUAUGCGGUAGAUACGUUCCGCAAGAAACAGCAUAAAAAAAACGGCAUAAAAAAAGCUACCAGUUCUAUAGUAAAACUAUAGAUACGUUUCAAAAGUGCUAAGAACCGCAUAAAUCUGAAAUAAUGUAAUAAAAUCGCAUAAAAAAGGGCACUAGUCCCAUAUUAUAACUAUAGAUACGUUCCAUAGCCGCAUGACUCUGAAAUAAUUAAAUAAAAUCGCAUAAACAAAAUAUUGUAUUUUUGAAAAUUAUAUCGUUAUUUAAAAAACGUCAGAAUCGAAAAAUAAAUUUACGUCAGAAAUAGAAUCAGACAAUACCCGCAUGCUGCGCAUUCGUUUAGGAUUUGGCAUAAAAUCACUUUCGUCACUUGAGGAAAUGUACACGUCUAUCUAGAUGGUUAUGCAGGCGGUUCCAUACUUGUAGUGUUAGCAUUUCUGAUGUAAUCUGUGAUGAGUUUUUGCUUAGCUGGUUUAGAAUCUUGUUUAUAUGUACAAUUCCCGAUAGGUAGACAUGCAUUUUUUAAUUAAAAAAAAAAACCGCAUUAUUUCAAAACCGCAUAAAAAAAAGCCGCAUAAAAACAGAACCUACUGUAAAAGGAAUUUCGUUCUUGUAUCAUUUAAAGUAAAAUACAAAUUAUUUUAAUCACUGCAUUUAACCUUUGACGUGUUAUUGUUGUUUUUGUUUUUAAUUUCGAAAUACCAUAAUUAAUUUUUUACAGAUUCAAAAACCCCGUGUGUGUUAAAAAAUUGCUUGUAUAAUUUUAAAGUAAAAUACAAAUUAUUUUAAUCAUUGCAUUUAACCUUUGACGUGUUAUUGUUGUUUGUUUUUUUUUUCUUCUAAUCGGUGCUCGUUUUCAUUUACACUCAGUUUAGACCUAAAAACAGUCAAUAGUUUGAUAUUAAUGCAGAGCCGAAUGCAUCGCAGGAAAUCUGGUUAUUUUAGUUUAUUGCCUUCUAAAAAAAACAAAUUUUAAGUUUACUUUAUUUGAACUUCUGACGCAAUGUUUUACAUAUUUGAAAACAAAUUAAAUUUCGAAAACAAAUAAAAUUCUGUUGAAAUUCUUUAUUGUUUUAAUUUCCAUCCUUAUACUCUGUUCAGAUGGACUACAUACAGAGGAAAUAUACUAUGUAUUUGAAAACCUGAUUGAUAACAUAUUUAGUUUACCAAUCUUUUUUAUAACAAAAUUUUAUGCAAUUGACAAAAAAAAUAUUAAUAAAAAUCAGUUAUUUUGAGUUUUUAAAA